AUGGGAGCUGGCAUCGGCCUCGUGUGCGCUUGCGACUACGUGAUCUCCGUGAAGAGUGCAUUCUUCACGAUGAGCGAAACCAAGCUCGGAGCUGUGCCCGCCACUGCGUUGCCCUACAUCACCAGGCGGUGUACCUUCAUUAAGAACGUGUAUCAGCUCGUCCUUGCCGGGGCGAACUUGUCAUCAGAGAUAGCCGAGGAGUAUGGCUUCGUCGACAAGGUGGUCGACGAAAUCAAAGACCUUGAGACCGAGUGCCAAGCUGUGUGUGACCGAAUGACACUUUGCGCACCUGGAGCUGUGGCUGCCACCAAAGACGUGGUCAUGAACACGGUCGGUGUGCCCCCAUCUUCCUUCAUGAUGAACUAUGUGGCAGGAAUCGUUGCGGAUAUCCGCGCAGGCCCAGAGUGCAAAGCUGGGAUGCAAGCUGUGCUGAACAAGACUCGGCCGAAAUGGGCCGACACGCCAAUUGCGCUUAGAGGUGUUCCCGAAGCCCAGCAGUUGGCCUGGAGGUCCGCCAUGGUGAGCUUGCUCCCUCCUGGGAAUCCGUUUGUCGCAGGCCGUGUCUUUGAUUUCGGCCAAGUCCAGGCUACGCCACGACCAACUGCCGCAGGGCAGGUCGGCCAUGUGUCCUUGCCGUAUGCUCCGCUGGGUGCCCCCACCUUUCCCAACUUCGCUCAGCCGGUCCAUGUAGUGGCACCGCACACCAUCCCUCCUGGCACGGUGUAUUCGCCGGUCAUGACCCAUCGGACGGUGUACACAGCAGCGACCCCGUCACUGCACAGUCAUGUGGUAAGUCCCAUGUCCAGCCCCAUGCUGGGAUACCGCCCGGUCGCUCAAAGUGGAAUGCCACGGGUCCUCGAGGGCAUUGGCACGCCAGCAGGCUUCACACGGAUGCGAAGCCUCAGCCAAGAUCGUGUACGGAUCGACGUUUUGGAGAGAACGUCUUCCCCCAAGGCGAUGAAGACAGAGGAGAGGUCGGUUCCGACGGCCAUCAGUCCGACGAGCACCCGAAGCCUCAAAGACGCUCAGUCCUCAGGUGCUCGUAGCGGCACUCCAACCCGCUUGGCCCGAAGUGCCUCGAAAGAGCUGCGCAUCGUGGAGGAGGAUCGCAGGAUCGCUGACAGCCCGAAGCUGGAAAGGCGGGAGAGGGCGGUGCCUCAACCUAUCAGCCCGCAGUCGUCAAGAGCCUCUUUGGGCAUGCGAAGCGCUUCGUGGAGGGCAUCUACGCCGGAAUCGUCGCCAAAGAGUUCCAUGCGAAUCCCUUCCAAGGGGAGGCAUGACAGCUACCAGAAGUCGCUGCAGGCUCACGGGCCUUGGGAUAACCGGAACGCGCCUGGGAAUGACUUCAACUCCUCACUACGUGAUCGAGUGCUGCCUCUGAAUUCUGGCCGCUCGAGGCCAUUGAGCAGAUCUCUGUCUCGCAGCUCAUCACGAGAUCUGGGCUUGGACGAAGAUGAGACCCAUGCCGGCCACCGACUUUCUCGUGCACACACUGCUAGCUUCAGGCUGAAAUGCUCGGACCGACCGGAUCGCUCGGCGUCACCCAGCGGACGCCGCUCGCCGUCCCGCAGUGCUCGAAGCAAUCGAAGCAGAUCCGCUUCUCCGGAUCGUGGCGCUCGAGGCCUUAACUGGUUCCCGCUCUUCCAAGCUCCAGCGCAUGGGCACGGAUCCGAGACGGUAGCGCAGCGCUCAUUCGAGAACCAACUCCGUGGGUCUCCAGCUCCACUCCCGAUGCAAGCCAAGGCAAUGCGCAAGUGA